AUGAAUAAUUUUGAUUUCAGCAAUUAAACAAGACCUAAUAUAUAAAAUUAGAAUGAAAUAGCAACAGUCACAAUUAAUCCAGCCACUAGAUUAUCAUAACUUUUAAUACUAUUAAUAAUUACUAAUGCAUAUAUAUUGAUUUACACAACUUAUUUGAUGUUGGAAUACGAGCUUAUAAUUAUGAUAGUGUUCUAUUGGAUAAUCGAUAUAAUAGUUAUUUUGACUCUAUCGAUUCUGAAAAUCAAGUUAACAUACUCUUAAUAAUAUAGAUAUAAAAUUACAGUAGGCAAUCUUUUGAUUGACACAUUCCUCGCAGCAAUUUUCAAAACAAUAAUUCUCGUCAAUUUCACCUACUCAGAACUGGACAUCCAAUAUUUCAGUUAUGUUAUCAUGGCAUAUUAUUUCAUCAGAUCUGUGGUUAUUAAUAUUAGAAAAAUCGCAAUCAAUGAAACCAUCACAUAAUACUCCUUUCUUGUUUAAGGUGUAAAAAUACUGUUGGUACUCUAAUUGAUGCUAAUAACCAUGAGAUGGAAGUGCACCAUUUAUUGGAGUUGGUAUACAACAUUCAGUAUUGCUUGGGGUUUAUUAGUUAUAUUUUUUAUCGUGCACUUUGUUUUUCUACUCUCAAUCGGAGAAACCUUGAUAGAUUACUACAAAAAGAAGACAACCAAAAUAUAGUUGAUAGGGGGAAUAUGGUUAACAUUUUAUCUAUGUGGAUUUAGCGGAAUUCCAAUGUGGUUCUGUUAUAUCAUCUGUUAGAACCAGGAAGUCAAUUCCUUUCCGACUGUCAAUUAAGCAACCUUAUUGUGCAUCUUGAUUAUUUCAUAUAACUUUUCACUUCUUGUGGUCACAGUCAUCUGCAAACUCUAACUUAUACAAUUUAUCAAAGAUGUAGGAUUUGACAAUGACAGUCAAUAGGAACCAGUUGUAUAAGAAGAAAAACUACCCUAUCAAUUUCUCAAGAUUUCCUUGCCUUAAAAACUAAUUCAAAUAUCCUCAACUUACUUUGAUUUUGUCUAAGACUCAAACAAAUAAUAAAAUAAAUAGCAACAGCAACAGCAAUAGCAUAUAUCCAAUAGCAACUUCAGUGUGAUUAAUCAUAAGGCCAGACUCAAGGCUUUCGAAUUCAUGGCUAAGACCGAAUAAAUCAAUUCACCAGUAGAAAGAGAGUCAGGACUUGUGAAAAGCGAAGAAAAAUGCUAGGUUUGCUUUGAAAACUAACCUUAAAUUGUUAUGCUUCCUUGUUAACAUGGUGGCAUUUGUGAUGAUUGUCUAUAAAAAUGUUUAAAGAAAUCACCAAAUUGCUACUUAUGUAGAAAUAAAAUUCAAAAAUUGCUUCGAGUUUCGAAAGAGAAUUCUGGGAAAUUUGCAAUUAAUGACAUUGCAUUAUGUGAUGCCUGA